CAAUGGGUGGAACUGUGGGUGGCUGGCCAUGGUGGCUGGGCCUCCUGUUCGGCGCCGUCCCACUGCUCUGCCUCGCCGCCUGGCACUUCACCGACGCAUGGCACUGCGCAGCCUUCGCUCUCAAAUACCGCGGCCGUGGCAGCAAUGGCAGCCGGCGGCGCCUCCCGCCGGGACACAUGGGCAUCCCCUUCCUCGGCGAGACGCUCUCGCUGCUCUGGUACUUCAAGCUGGCCCGUCGCCCGGACGACUUCAUCGGCGCCAAGAAGAGCGCGUACGGCGGCGGGGCGGGGCUGUACAGGACGCACCUAUUCGGCGCCCCCAGCAUCAUUGCCUGCUCGCCGGCCGCCAACAGGUUCGUGCUCCAGUCCGCCGACACCUUCGGUGCCCGGUGGCCGGUGCCGGAGCUCGUCGGUAUCAGGGCCGUGGGGAACGUGGAGGGCGCCAGCCACGCCAGGCUCCGCGGGUUCAUCCUCGCCGCUAUCAACAAGCCGAGCUCGCUCGGGACCAUCGCGACAGUUGUGCAGCCGCGCAUCAUGGCGGCGCUGCGAGAGUGGGCGGAUAAGGGUACCAUUGUCGCGGCCACGGAGAUCAGAAAGGUGACAUUUGCUAACAUUUGUAAGAUGUUCAUAAGCAUGGAGCCAUCCCCUAUGACCGACAAGAUCGACCAAUGGUUUGGCGGCUUGGUUAAUGGCGUGAGGGCAUUCCCGUUAAAUUUCCCAGGGACUACAUCUCAUGGCGGUCGAAAGUGCCGUCAGAAGUUGAACGCAUUCUUCCGGGAGGUGCUGGAGGCAAGGAAGAACGUGGACAAGUGUGAUGAUUUGAUGAGUGGGCUGAUGCAUAUUGAGGACGAGCAGGGGAAGAAGCUGAGCGACGAGGAGGUGGUGGAUAACAUCGUCUCCCUCGUCAUGGCAGGCUAUGAGUCCACUGCCAGUGCCAUCAUGUGGGCUACCUAUCACCUCGCAAAAUCCCCCUCCGCCCUUGCCAAGCUUCGAGACGAGAAUAUAGCAUUGGUCAAAAGCAAAGGUGGUUCGACGUUGGCGAGUUUGACAAUCACCCGUGACGACAUCCCCAAGAUGAAGUACACAACAAAAGUGGUCGAGGAGACAAUCCGGAUGGCCAACAUUUCAUCGAUGGUCUAUCGUGUGGCGAACAAGGACGUGGAGUACCAUGGCUACACCAUACCGAAGGGGUGGCCGGUGGUCGUGUGGUUGAGGUCAUUGCAUACCGACCCGAAUUACUACCAGGAUCCCCUUACCUUCAAUCCUGACAGAUGGGAUGAACCGGCAAAGACAGGAACAUACCAGGUGUUCGGAGGCGGCUACAGGAUCUGCCCAGGCAACAUGCUUGCCAGGCUGCAGGUGACCAUCAUGCUGCAUCAUCUCUCCAUCGGCUACGAAUGGGAGUUGCUCAAUCCCGACGCAAAGAUAAAUUAUCUUCCACAGCCAAGGCCAAUGGAUGGUGCAUCCAUGGCUUUCCGUAAGCUUAGCAGCUGAUCGUUCGAUCAAUCACAUUCCAGUCUACCUUAGUGCAUCUUUUUGUUGAAGGAUCGGAUUUAUUAUAAAGAUUCACCGGAAAUACAAAGCACCUUACCAUAAUAAAAAUUACAUUGAGAGUCAUGGACCACCGAACGACCAUUGUUGCCGUCAGGACGAGUCGCCGACACGCUGCUGUUGCCGCUCCCAUAUC